GUUUUCUUCAUAAAAAUCUUCCAACGGCUUAUGUGCAUUUUCGCUUUUAUUUAUAGCCUGAGAGUAUCCGAAACCCGUCAAUCACCAGCUCGCUCAAAUCGAAUUAUCUUAAUCACUCUUUGAAGAUGGGAGAGGCACAAAAGAGUUCUGACAUGGAGGAAGGGACCCUGGAAAUGGGAAUGGAUUACAGAACAAUCUCCGGUGUUGCAGGACCACUUGUUAUUCUUGACAAAGUAAAGGGUCCAAAAUAUCAGGAGAUUGUUAUUAUUCGGUUGGGGGACGGAACAACUCGACGUGGUCAAGUCUUGGAAGUGGAUGGAGAGAAAGCUGUUGUGCAGGUUUUUGAAGGAACAUCUGGAAUUGACAGCAAACACACUACUGUGCAAUUUACGGGGGAGGUUUUGAAAACUCCUGUCUCACUGGAUAUGCUUGGACGCAUCUUUAACGGUUCAGGGAAACCCAUAGAUAAUGGACCUCCAAUCUUGCCUGAGGCUUACCUAGAUAUUUCUGGAAGUUCCAUUAACCCAAGUGAGAGAACCUAUCCAGAAGAGAUGAUACAAACAGGAAUUUCUACCAUUGAUCUCAUGAAUUCCAUAGCUCGUGGACAAAAGAUCCCUCUUUUUUCUGCAGCUGGACUCCCUCAUAAUGAAAUAGCUGCUCAGAUCUGCCGUCAAGCUGGUCUUGUUAAACGGUUGGAAAAGUCUGAUAAUCUCACUGAGGGUGGAAAAGAGGAUAAUUUUGCCAUUGUGUUUGCUGCCAUGGGUGUAAACAUGGAGACAGCUCAAUUUUUUAAGCGCGAUUUCGAAGAGAAUGGAUCAAUGGAGAGAGUCUCUCUCUUCCUGAAUCUGGCCAAUGAUCCCACGAUUGAGCGCAUCAUCACUCCUCGAAUUGCUCUCACAACUGCAGAAUACUUUGCGUAUGAAUGUGGGAAGCAUGUCCUUGUUAUACUUACAGAUAUGAGUUCAUAUGCUGAUGCUCUUCGUGAGGUAUCUGCUGCACGAGAGGAAGUGCCUGGAAGGCGUGGGUAUCCUGGGUACAUGUAUACAGAUCUGGCAACAAUAUAUGAGCGUGCUGGACGUAUUGAAGGAAGGAAGGGCUCCAUCACCCAAAUUCCUAUAUUGACCAUGCCUAAUGAUGAUAUCACACAUCCUACUCCAGAUCUCACAGGUUAUAUCACAGAAGGGCAGAUAUAUAUUGAUAGGCAGCUCCAUAACCGACAGAUAUACCCACCUAUCAAUGUACUCCCAUCACUUUCUCGAUUAAUGAAGAGCGCUAUCGGUGAGGGAAUGACACGUCGAGACCAUGCUGAUGUCUCUAACCAGUUAUAUGCAAAUUAUGCCAUUGGAAAGGAUGUUCAGGCAAUGAAAGCUGUGGUUGGAGAAGAGGCACUUUCUUCCGAGGAUAUGCUUUACUUGGAAUUCCUAGACAAAUUUGAGAGGAAGUUCGUAGCUCAAGGGGCAUACGACACACGGAACAUUUUUCAGUCACUUGAUCUGGCUUGGACGCUGCUUCGCAUCUUCCCUCGCGAGCUUCUCCACCGUAUCCCGGCUAAGACUCUGGACCAGUUUUACAGCCGCGAAAAUGCAACAAACUGAGUCGGAAUAGGAGCCGAGCUAUCCUUCCUUUCGAGUAUAAUGGUUGACUACUGAGUGGCCAUGUUGUUUGGCUUUAGUAUUUUAGAGGCGCGCGGCAUGAAUUAUUAGAAUGUGUGAAGUGUCUCUCAGCUGAGAUACAGUAGGGAACAGGUUUUCCUUCGAUUGGUAUUGUUAUGAAGAUCAUUUGAAUAUGGCUAUGGUAACAUAUGUAAAUUUGACUUAUAUUUUGCGUUGGUUUCGAUAAAGAAGUGCAAGGAGCAAAUAGUGAAAAA